AUGUCAAUCGAUGGGAGUACACAUGACACUCACAACCUAGAGCUCCAAGACAUGAUUCCAAGAGAGGAGUUGGAGCAGUCCGGUCCUCACGCCCCUUUACUUGCACCGACCGACCCCUCACCGGACCACGAUGACGCAGUUCUACCUUCGGAGAACUACUCCAGUGGAUGGUUUAUAUGGAUUUUGACAUUCUCGGCGGGCCUCAGUGGACUGUUAUUUGGCUACGACACCGGUGUUAUAUCUUCCACUCUCGUGACCAUUGGCUCAGACCUCUCCAAUCGACCGCUGACCACCCUCGAUGAAAGCAUCAUUACAUCCUGUACUAGCUUGUUUGCGCUGGUGGCAAGCCCCUUCACCGGAAUUCUGGCAGACAAGUGCGGUCGGCGAGGUGUCAUCCUCGCUGCUGAUGCUCUGUUUGCUCUGGGAGCAUUGAUUCAGGCCUCCACCAGCCAGGUAUGGGGUAUGAUAGUAGGGCGCAGUAUUGUUGGUCUGGCGGUUGGGAGCGCUAGUGCCGUGACCCCAUUGUAUAUUUCAGAGAUCGCACCGUCGCAUGCAAGAGGAAGACUCGUUACGAUCAUGUGCCUGUUGAUCACCGGUGGCCAGGUUGUCGCAUAUAUCGUCGGUUGGCUGUUUUCCGAGACCGCCGGCGGCUGGCGUUGGAUUGUGGGCCUCGGGGCGGCCCCGGCAUUCCUACAAUUUGCCGUUCUUAUCAUCCUGCCAGAGACCCCUCGAUGGCUGGUGCAGGCCGGCUUCGAUUCCCGUGCCAUGAACGUCUUGACUCGGAUCUAUCAAGGCCGUCCAGACCGUGACCACAUCGUGGCUCGGGUCAUGGGCAAUAUUAGGGGCGAAAUUAUUCGGGAAGCAUUGGAGAUGGACCAGAGCAAGGCUCCAGGGACCAAGGCACAGUGGCUGCAUGAUGCUUCCGAGCGCGCUCAUAACCUCUUCCAUGACAGUGGCAACAGGAGGGCCUUGAUAAUAGCCAUGAUGCUCCAGGGACUACAGCAACUGUGUGGAUUUAACAGCCUGAUGUACUUCUCGGCAAUCAUUUUCACGGCACUCUCGUUCUCCUCGCCGACGUUGACAUCUCUGACGGUUGCAGUGACAAAUUUCUUCUUCACUCUCCUUGCAUUUUGGCUAAUCGAUAGAAUUGGUCGACGGCGGAUCCUGCUCUAUUCGAUACCCGUUAUGAUCCUUGCAUUAAGUCUUUGCGCCAUUGCAUUCUCGUCAUUGGACAUUUCAUUGGACCCUCACUCCCCCAAGCCCCCUCAGGACGGUCCCGACAACCAGAGUGCACUGUAUCCUCUGCUGAUUCUAUUUUGUUUGACUCUCUACACUGCGGCCUACGCUUUCGGACUCGGCAACGUGCCUUGGCAACAGUCGGAGUUAUUCCCUCUGAACGUGCGAUCUUUGGGAUCAGGCUUCGCCACCGCGACCAACUGGGGAUCGAACUUCAUCGUCGGACUUACCUUCUUGCCGAUGAUGGAGUGGUUGUCUCCAACAUGGACUUUCUUCACUUAUGCCAUGGUGUGCGCAUUUGGCUGGGUGGCUGUACGGGCGAUCUACCCGGAGAUGAGUGGCCUUGGUUUGGAGGAAGUGAAGGGCCUAUUGGCACAUGGCUGGGGUGUGGAGGAAAGUAUUCAGCGACGACAGGACUCUCAGGAAUCAUAG